UUAUUGUUUUCAUAAUUAAUGCUAUCAUAGUAUGGGCCUUCUUUCUCACGGUGCCCCGUUAUCGUGGGACGAGGCAAAACUGCAGGCAGACCAUGUCAGAAAAAAUGGCAUUGAACAGUUUUUAUCCGUUUACCGUAAGUUAAAAGAUAGACAAAAUGAUUUUUUAAAAUGGGGAGACGAAGUUGAGUAUUUCUUCGUCAAGUUAAAUGACAAAGAAAAAGCCGCCAAGUUAUCUUUAAACUCUACUAAAUAUCUAGAAAUUCUUAACUCAGAGGAAGAAGAUCCUUUUACUAAGGAAGCCAUAGAUUCCUUGUGGAGGCCUGAGUAUGCCAGCUACAUGAUUGAAAGCACCCCGGGAACACCCUAUGGCCACGAUAUUUCUAAUUUUCUUGAAGUAGAAGAGAGCAUGAUGAAAAGGAGACGUAAAAUUAAAGCUUUUCUGGAAGACAACGAGUAUCUUGUAACCCUAACAAACUUUCCACGAUUAGGAUGCCGUUAUUGCUCGGAUCCGCCUUGUGAGCCCUACGGCCCUAUUGCCAAGUCUAUAUUUAUUCCUGAUGAAUUUAUUAACCUCCACCCUCGUUUUGAAACCCUUACAAAGAGCAUCCGUGAGAGGCGGGGCUCUAAAGUUAACAUCUCCGUCCCCAUCUUCCACGAUAAAUUUGUCGUCCGACCGUUUCGAGAACCGCUGGUCUCUCCCGACGGCGUUGCCGAGCGCGUGGCAAAGCCGGAUACUAUAUAUAUGGACGCCAUGUGUUUUGGCAUGGGCUGCUCGUGUCUGCAGAUGACCUUCCAGGCGUGCAGUCUGAGCACUGCUCGCUAUUUGUACGACCAGCUGGCGGUCAUGUCUCCUAUCAUGCUGGCUCUUUCCGCGGGGAGCCCCAUCUACCGAGGCUUUCUAGCGGAUGUUGAUUGCCGGUGGAACGUUAUUGCCCAGUCUGUGGACGACCGGACGGAGGAGGAGUUGGGGCAGAUACCGUUAGCGAAUAACAAGUUCGUCAUUAAUAAAUCGAGAUACGAUUCCAUUGACUGUUUCAUAUCUCCCGGCCCCUUUUUCAAGCACGCGUACAAUGAUCUUCGGCUUGUCAAGGACGAUCUUGUCUAUAACCGACUAGUCACCGAAGGCGUGGACGAUCUCCUCGCGCAACACGUGGCCCAUCUUUUUAUUCGAGAUCCUCUGGUAGUGUACAAGGAGUCGCUGCACCAAGAUAAUGAAGCGCAGAGCGAGCAUUUUGAAAACAUUCAAUCCACCAACUGGCAAACCGUUCGCUUCAAACCUCCGCCGCCAGGGAGUUCUAUUGGCUGGCGUGUGGAAUUCAGGCCUAUGGAAGUCCAGAUGUCCGAUUUUGAAAAUGCCGCUUACGUCGUUUUCGUAGUUCUUCUGACGAGAGUGUUUCUUUCCUUUAAUCUGAAUCUCUACCUCCCCAUCUCUCUCAUUGACGAAAACAUUCAAAACGCUCAAAAGCGGGAUGCUGUUAAUUCCGGGCUCUUUCACUUUCGGACCAUCCUCACUGCUGGAAGUUGCGGGAAAGAAACUGAAUUAAUGACUUUAGACAAGAUUAUUAACGGCGAAGGAGAUUUUCUCGGUUUGGUUCCCUUGAUCUUCAUCUUCCUUGACAGCAUCACUAUUGAUCUGCAUACCCGCUUUCGGAUCUUACAGUACUUGAGCCUCAUCUCCAAGCGAGCUAAAGGCGAACUACUAACGACGGCUGCGUAUCUCCGCAAAUUUGUUACGGAGCAUCCGGAUUACAAGCAUGACUCGGUCGUCUCCGAACGGAUCAACUAUGAUUUGGUUAAAAUGGCUGUUUCUGUGGGAGAGGGCGAAAUCAUUCCGGAGCUCGUGGGAGAUUGUUAUAAGAAAAACAUGUGCUUUAAGGAAUCGAGGGAGCAAAAUUUGUAG